CUCUCGCGCAACAAAGUAAAGUCCUCUCUUCCCUACUCUGUUGUCCAAGUCUGCUGCGAAAGAGAAAGAGUGAUGCAGAUCUUCGUGAAAACCCUAACCGGGAAGACCAUCACUCUCGAAGUCGAGAGCAGCGACACCAUCGACAAUGUCAAGGCCAAGAUUCAGGACAAGGAAGGUAUCCCGCCAGAUCAACAGAGAUUGAUUUUUGCUGGCAAACAAUUGGAAGAUGGCCGAACUCUUGCAGAUUACAACAUCCAGAAGGAGUCCACACUUCAUCUGGUUUUGAGGCUUAGGGGUGGAACUAUGAUUAAGGUGAAGACUCUCACUGGAAAAGAAAUUGAAAUUGAUAUUGAACCAACUGAUACCAUUGAUCGGAUCAAGGAAAGGGUUGAGGAGAAAGAAGGAAUUCCUCCAGUGCAGCAACGGCUAAUUUACGCUGGAAAGCAGCUUGGAGAUGACAAAACAGCUAAAGAUUAUAAUAUUGAGGGUGGCUCUGUACUUCAUCUUGUGCUUGCACUGAGGGGUGGUAGUCUCUAAAUUAUGGUUAUGAUGUUAGGAAAUUGAACUUGUUUGGCUUUUAUUACAUACUGGUAUGCGAUGAAUGGUUGAGUUGCAUGGUCUUGUGGGAAAACCCAAAAACUUGUGUCCUUUUUUAUGGUUAUUUAAUAUUUAAUGUUAUAGUACCAUUUCAACCCCCCAAAACAAAGAAAGAAAUCUUGUAGUAGAACAUAUUCUAAUCAGUUGCCCUGGACAUGAUAGUGCCUUAAAUUUUUCUUCGUUGUGUACCCUUUUCAUGGUGAAUUGAUUUUGUGCAGGUUUCAUUAA